CUUUCUCCAUUAGAAUUGUCAGCAUUUCCAGUACACAAAAGAAAAGGACUGUAAAGAUAAAGUAAAAGUUUUGCUGUGUGAACUGUUGUGUUUCUAAUAGGUGCUGCUGGGAUGUGGGAUAGAUGGUAUAUGAAUGAAAUGCUCCAGAGAGGUUUAUUACAUGAUUAAACAGUAUAGGCAGAUCUAUUUUGAAGGUUUAUUAAUGUACUUUUAAAAAUUUUUAUUUUAAACAGGAGAUGACAGGUGGAAAUGAAUCCUGUACUGCAGGACCGACAUCUAUGUCCUACUUAGCUUGCCUGAGUUACAUUCUGGAAGAAUGGACUGGUGUGGAGGAUAUUGGAGAUUAUCUGAGUUACGCAUUCUACAUUUUAUGGUUGCUCUUUCCACUUGUGGUAGUCUUUGUGCUUCCAGGAGUUAUUGUCGUUCUCUUUUACGUUUCCAUUCUCUGGCUUCAUAUUUAUAAAAGGAAGAAUGAAAUAAAGGAAGCAUAUUCCCAUGAUGUUUGGAUAGGUGCGAGAGAAAUGUUGGCAACCAUAUGGGAUGGACAUGGAAGAAUAUGGCAUGGUUAUGAGCUUCAUGGUGUCGAAAAUAUUCCUCAAGGACCAGGACUUAUUGUGUUUUAUCAUGGAGCUACUCCCGUUGACUAUAUCUAUUUCUCAGCUAGACUUCAUAUAAUGAAGAAGAGAUGCUGCAGCGUAGUAGCUGAUCAUUUUGUCUUUAGAUUACCAGGUUUUAGAAUACUACUUGAGGUAUUUGGAGUUAUACACGGACCAAAAGACGCUUGUGUCAAGACUCUGGAGAAGGGCCAUCUUUUAGCCAUUGCCCCAGGAGGAGUUCGGGAAGCUCUCUUCAGUGAUGAAAUGUAUACUAUUUUGUGGAGUGAUAGGAAGGGCUUUGCUCAGGUGGCCAUUGAUGCAAAAGUGCCCAUCAUUCCUAUGUUUACACAAAAUGUUCGAGAAGGCUUUAGGACAUUAGGAGGAAUAAAAAUACUUAGGUCACUAUAUGAGCGUAUUAGAUUGCCAGUAGUUCCUCUGUAUGGGGGAUUUCCUGUCAAGAUGCGUACAUUUAUUGGAGAACCCAUUCCAUAUGAACCAAAUAUGACUGCUGAGGAACUAGCUGCAAAGACAAAAGCAGCAGUCCAAGCUCUAAUAGAAAAACAUCAGAAAAUACCAGGAAAUAUAUUUAGGGCUUUAAUGGAGCGAUUUCAAACACAAAAGAAAGAAGAUUAAGGUCUUCUGAACUUAAACUUCUGUAACUACUAUUUAACUAACUACUACUUAAAAUGUUCUUAAAGUUACAUUUGUAAAUUAUUCAUUCUUCUAAUAAUAGUUUUUAAAUACUGUCCUAAUGAUACUGCUGUAUAAUUUAACAUAGAAAUCACUUGCCCUUGCCCUUUCCCCUGACCAGUAUCAAGCUCAGGAACCCAAACUUCAAAUAAUUCAUAAUGGGGCAAAGUUUAAUUUUUGUUCAAUGCAUUUCUGUGUUGGAAGCAUCCACGUUGUUGAUUCUGGGUUUGUUUGGUUGUUUUCUUUUUCCUCCCAAAUAAUACUGAAAGUCUUUUUAUAUAUAUGGUCUGUCUUCCUUUUGGUCUGUCAUUGUCUCCCAUUCCCACCAUGAUGGAUAUCUAGCCUGGAUGUCAAACCCUCUGCAGAGCUGGAGUCUUACUGUCUUGACCCUCAUUGGUGUAAGGAGGUUUUGUGGGCCAGAUUAAUGCCAUACAACACAUACAAAAAAUUUCUUGAGAUUGCUACCCUCAUGCUACUGGGAAACAGUCCACCACUUUUGGCCUGCAGAACCUGUAGCAAUGCCUGCAAAACCUGUGUUGCGAAGUGUUUAGUUUUGCUGGCUGAGCUCAGAAAGGGCUCAGAGGAGUGAAAAUUGAUUAGAGAGCUAGAGUGAACCAAGGAGGCAUGUUAUGGAAACCUCUCUGAUGCUGUCAAUGAGAACCCUACAACACAGCUGCUAUUCCAAGCCAAGGCAUAUUGGAUAUCUGCCCUUGAGUAGAGACUUGACCCAUUUAUUUCUCAGUGAAUCUGCAAAUUCUCCUUUACAACAAUGAGCCAAGCAUUCAAACAUCAGGAAGUAGGAAUGAGAGUACUGUUUAGUAAAGUGAGCUCAAAAAAUCUUUAUUUUGAUGGAAAGAGAAAAUUGUUACAACAUUGUAAAAGCAGUAGUUCUUUGAGAAACGGGAUUGGCAUCCCCAAAUGCACUGUAGAUUUAGUAUGUGGAGAAACUAUUAACUAUAUUCUUCAAACAGCUAUUUAUGUAAGCUAAAUAGUGAAGGAGAGGGAAGUCCUGUAUACUUUCCUGAAGUAAAAACAAUUGAAUCAACAGGAGAGAGUUGCAAUAUUGGGCUUUUGUGCACUUACAGCAAAUUAUGUUGUUAUAUUUUUUCUUAUUUUCCAAAUAGGAAAUAUAUUCUAAUAAUUCUUCUAAUUUCCAGGAAUUUUAAUCUACAGUUCUUAAAUUAACAUUUGGGAACUUUUUUGUUCUGGGAUGAGGACAAAUUCCUUCAGAAAAGACAAGAGAUUUUUGACAUAUGUGGUCACCUUUCAAUAUUGUUGGGGUUUGACCUUUUCUUAAAAAACAAAAAUACAUUCCCCCAAGAAAAAAACAAUAAAUACCCAACAUUUAAAGGAGCAGUUGUAUUUGAUAUAGUAGUCAUUCCUCUCACUGUUUAAGCACAUACUUUGCUUUAUGCUCUUUUAAGUGUGUAAAUUAGUGACAUGGCAAAAGUGCAUGUGGGUGAUGCCAUAAGUUAGAAAAAUAUCCCUUUAUGGGAAAUUGUCUACCAAAUGUGGUUUGCAAAAAGCAAAAAGUUUACUUUGAUAUUAAUUUAUACCAAAAAUUUUUUAUGUGGUGUUAAAUUUUUUUAAGCUUUGGGAAGAAUCAUGGUAUAUAAAAGCAAAUGCCCAUUCUGUUUUUGAAAUUACUUGGAUUUUACUUGACGGCAAGUUUGGGUUCCUUUUAAUUUAUUUGACUGUUUCAAAAAUACUGUUAACACAGCAUGUCAUUAAAAGUGAUAAUGCUAAAUUCUUGCAUUGAAGUAUAACUUAAAUAUGACCUUUUAUUUACUGUCCAUCUUGAAAAAAAUGUACAUCAGUAUGUUGUGAACAUCUCAAAGGCAGCUGAACAUCUUUUGUGUUGAGAUUGCAUAUAUGUAAAAUAGAACUCAAUCUAAAAGGUACCGUUAGACAUGAAUGGACAUUAUGAGAAUUUGUAAAAUGUAUUUUAUUAACUAUGUGAACUAUUUGCUGCAGUUUUGCCCCUUUAAGUAUUGAAAGAUCAGUAUAAAAAAUGAAGGGCAGUAUUGGUACUCUUAAGUGUUCAUAUUUGUAUAGGCUGUUCAUUUUUAUUUCUAUACAUUAAAAAUAUGGAGAAGACACCUUUUGAAUAAAAUUGACAACUGGAACA